GGGGUCACGUGAUGCUACGGCCCUUGUGCGCGCUUCCGGGUUGACAGACGCCGGGAGUCCGGAGCUACAGCGUAGUGGUGGCGGGGGCGGGGACCGGCGACAGGCCCGGUUAGUGCCCUCUGGGCAGCCGGGUGGGCUGACCGUAGCAAGUCCCUGCGGGGCGGCCCUGACAGAUUUAAGCCUCUUCAGAGUCUUCUGGAGAAAAUGGCAGACACAACCCCGGAGCCUUGUGGGCAGCUUAUGGUACACUCAGACACUCACAGUGACACUGUGCUGGCCAGUCUGGAGGAUCAAAGGAAGAAGGGCUUUCUUUGUGAUAUUACUUUAAUCGUGGAGAAUGUGCAUUUCCGAGCCCAUAAAGCCUUGCUGGCCGCCAGUAGCGAGUAUUUCUCAAUGAUGUUUGCGGAAGAGGGCGAGAUUGGCCAGUCUAUCUACAUGCUGGAAGGCAUGGUUGCAGACACCUUUGGCAUCCUGCUGGAAUUUAUCUAUACAGGUUAUCUACAUGCCAGUGAGAAAACGACAGAGCAGAUCCUGGCUACUGCUCAGUUCUUAAAAGUCUAUGACCUGGUAAAGGCAUACGCAGACUUCCAGGAUAACCAUAGCGCCCCAAAGCCACCAGCUUUGAACUGCACUGGGACGCCAGUGGUGGUUAUUUCCAAUAAGAAGAACGAUCCUCUGAAACGGAAACGGGGAAGACCAAGAAAAGCCAAUGGUUUGCAGGAAGGGAGAUCAGAACUGGCUGCAGAGGGAGAGCUGCAGCUGAGAGUGAACAAUUCAGUUCAGAAUAGACAAAACUUUGUGUUUAAAGAAGAAGACAGUGUCAAGCUGAGUGAGCAGACUCCAGAAGACAAGGAAUCAGAGCCUGCUGGUGAGCCAGGAAGCGUGGAGGAGGUGCCUGCUGAAAAGGACGAGAACUUUGACCCCAAGGCUGGGGAUGGACAGGAGAGCCAGAGUAGGUGCAGCAGGCGGAGAAUCCGCAGGUCUGUCAAGCUCAAAGACUACAAGCUUCUUGGAGAUGAAGAUGACCAGAGUACUGCCAAGAGGCUAUGUGGAAGAAAAAAGCGCUCCAGCGGUCCCGAGGCCCGGUGUAAAGACUGCGACAGAGUCUUUAAAUAUAGUCACUUCUUAGCAAUCCACCAGAGACGCCACACGGGGGAACGACCCUUCAAAUGUAAUGAGUGUGGGAAGGGCUUUGCUCAGAAGCACUCCUUGCAGGUCCAUACCAGGAUGCACACGGGGGAGCGGCCAUACACCUGCACCGUGUGCGGCAAGGCGCUGACCACCAAGCACUCCCUGCUGGAGCACAUGAGCCUGCACUCAGGACAGAAGUCUUUUACCUGUGAUCAGUGUGGAAAAUAUUUCAGCCAGAAAAGACAGCUAAAGAGCCAUUAUCGUGUCCAUACAGGCCACUCACUACCAGAAUGCAGCCACUGCCACCGAAAGUUUAUGGACGUGUCCCAGCUGAAGAAGCACCUGCGGACACACACAGGCGAGAAGCCAUUUACUUGUGAAAUCUGUGGGAAAUCUUUCACAGCAAAGAGCUCCCUUCAGACCCACAUCAGGAUCCACCGACUUGAAACUGAAGCACAUAGAAGUGGCUCCCUCAGAGUCCGUAAGUUGGUAGGAGAACCUGUGACUCGGGAAUCAUUCUGAGGAGAAAAGCCAUACUCCUGCAGCAUCUGUGGCAAAUGCUUCUCUGACUCCAGUGCCAAGAGGAGACACUGCAUCCUGCAUACGGGCAAGAAGCCCUUCUCCUGCCCCGAGUGUGGCUUACAGUUCGCUCGCCUAGACAAUUUGAAGGCACACUUGAAAAUCCACAGCAAAGAGAAGCACACGGCAGACUCCAGCAGUGUUUCUGGCAGUAAUGUGGACGAGGGCAGGAACAUUCUUCAGCUGCAACCAUACCAGCUCUCCACGUCGGGAGAGCAGGAGAUUCAGCUUCUUGUCACCGACUCUGUGCAUAACAUUAACUUCAUGCCAGGUCCCAGCCAGGGGGUCAGCAUCGUGGCUGCCGAGAGCCCCCAGAGCAUGGCCACAGACCCGGCUGCCAACAUCACCCUGCUCACACAGCAGCCUGAGCAGCUGCAGGGCCUGAUCCUUUCCGCUCAGCAGGAGCAGGCAGAGCACAUUCAGAGCCUCAGUGUGAUUGGAGGCCAGAUGGAGUCCUCCCAGACUGAGCCAGUGCAUGUCAUCACACUUUCCAAGGAAACGCUGGAGCAUCUCCACGCCCACCAGGAGCAAACAACCAGCUCAGUACCUGCAGCUGACACAGGAGCCCGAGCCACCCCUGUCCCCUCCACUAGGCCAGGAGCAGAGCUGACCCAAGCGCCUCUGGCCGUUCCACUAGACCCUUCCCCUGGAGCAACAGUGGCAGGGUGGCCUUUUGGGCCAUCAUCUUACAGAUCCUUAAAGAUGUGAGCCAGCCAUUCUUUAUCGUGGGCUCCAUCAGGGCAGAAACUGUCUUAUCUGUAAUACCAACUCAUACUUAAAUGAGGGGGGGUUCCAAUUUGAUCUACUUUGUCUCUUCAAGAUUGGUAGCUUUUCUUUGGGGUCAUUGGUUUUAUAUGUUUCUAUAAGUGUUGAAUGUCCACAGCCAUAGAGUAUGGUCUUGUUUAGAACAAACACUCAUGCAUAGGUUGAAUCAUUGGGUAGAGAGGGUCCAUCCUGGUACUUCUCUUAGGCGUAACUUUUGCCCCUCAGAGUCCACCUCUUGAAUUUUAUCUUUGUGUGGUACAGCUGACCAAGUUGUACUGAAGGUAGAUUCAUACUCAGAAACCGUACUCAUGACGUAAAAGCCAAAGUACCUUUAAAUUGUUUGAGUUCAACUUUGCUUCAAAACAUGUAUCUAUACAUUUUUUAAAGAAGCAGCUAUUAAAUUUUAUUUUAAAAAAUCUCCAAAGUAUGAAACUGGAUCUAGACACUCAUUCCAAAUAAACCAAAUUUUGUCAGACACUGA